AUGGCCGAAAAUUCUACACAGGAGGCUCAGGUGAAAGUCACUGAUGAUGUCAACUCCCAUCAGUCAACCAUGCCACCUCAAUCAACUGCAAUUAAGCGCAAAGCAGAAGAAGAAGAACCUUCCAGCCAGUUGCGGGAUAAUAGGAAUGACAAGCGACGAAGAGGAGCUGCUCCGGUCAAAGAGGAAUUCUUGAUCAAAUCUGAUGACACAGUCCAGUCCUUGUCGCCUCAAGAUGAAGCUGACGAUGAUGCCGCCGAGGCUUUCCAUCACCAGGAUCGUCAGCCCACAGGUCAGAACGCAAAGGGCAAGCGUCGUCAAAACAAGGCUGGUCAGAACAAGGCACGUGACUACGGUAGUUCAAGGGAUGCCAUUGGCCUGUGUUCAUCCAGGACUCUCAAACCUGAGUUCUCACCAGAUCCUUGUCGCUUCGAAGAAAAGUGUAAAUUUGCGCAUGACAUACGAGAGUACCUGCAACAGAAAAGAGAGGAUCUCACGACUUUCAAUGGUUCGUGCCCAGUGUGGGAGACGAAAGGUCGUUGUCCAGCUGGGUGGAAAUGUCGAUUUGUGGGCUCCCACUCCAAAGAAAUUGAACACGAAGAUGGUCGCAAAGAGCUUGUACUCGUUGAGGAUCCCGCCAAGAUUGCAAUUUAUGCCCGAACCUCAGAGGAGGAGGAUGAAGUUGGUGUCACGAACACGCUCAGCUAUCAACAGCGAAUGACGUUGGCGAAACGACAGAUAGAAACACCUAAAUCGCAAUCGUUCUUGGAUUGGCUAGAACGCACCACGCAAAACCCAGCAGAUCAAGACCGAAGACAAGGCAGGACAAACGGGUCACUUCGCAAUUCCUCGUCACCAGAGCCAGAAAACGGAGACGCCUCCAAGGAGUUACGUAAGGCCGAUUCAAGAGCAUCUUUUACGGAUUCGCCCUUGAGACCCUCAGAGAAGCGAAAGUUGUAUUUUGGUGCUGAGACACCCAUUAUGGCACCAUUGACAACACAAGGCAACCUCCCCUACCGGCGACUGUGCACAUCACUAGGGGCCACGUUCACAUACUCGGAGAUGGCCAUGUCUUUGCCACUUUUGCAGGGGCAGAAAUCUGAAUGGGCCCUGAUGAAGACACAUGAAGCAGACGUGCUGCCACCCACCUUCACCGCCAAGGGAAAUAUUGUGUAUGACUAUGAUCAGAGUCGAGACAUUAGUUUUGGUGCGCAGAUUGCAGCCAACAAGCCUUGGAUUGCUGUCAAGACCACAGAGGUGCUAACGGCAAUGCUUCCAAAGGGGUUGAGAGUAGUUGACCUGAAUGUCGGCUGUCCAAUUGACCUUGUGUAUCGAGAAGGAGCUGGCUCAGCAUUGAUGGAUGCACCUCAAAAGUUGGAUAAGAUGCUUCGAGGCAUGAGCUUGGUUUCUGGCGAGACCCCUGUAACGGUGAAGAUCCGCAUGGGUACGAAGGAUAAGCAGCCUACGGCACAAAAGUUGGUGGACCGGCUUGUUCUUGGAAGCCCCCAAAAUCGGGGCGAUCCCUGCGGCGUGGCAGCAAUCACUCUUCAUGGACGUUCAAGACAACAACGAUACACUCGGUCAGCAGACUGGGAAUACAUUGCAGACACAGCGGCAUUGAUCAAGAGCUUAAACGAGAAAUCCGAUGCAUUUGCCGAUACCGUCGGCGAGGUUGAUGAGCGAGACUUAUCGAACGGCUCCCAGACAGCGAAGAAUGGCAAAGUCUUCUUUCUUGGGAACGGUGAUGUGUUCUCCCAUGAACACUACUACGAGCACUGCGCACAUGCAGGAGUGGAUGGGGUCAUGGCUGGGCGAGGGGCACUGAUCAAGCCAUGGCUUUUCGAGGAAAUACAAGCUGGCCAAUAUCUCGACAAAUCAUCCUCGGAGCGACUUUCAAUCAUCGAACGGUUCUGCAGAUACGGGUUGGAAGCAUGGGGAAGUGACGAGAUCGGGGUGGGACAGACUCGGCGUUUCCUAUUGGAAUGGCUUAGUUUCGCGUGUCGCUACGUGCCGAUAGGACUGCUGGAAUAUCUCCCACCGAACAUCCAGGAUCGACCACCACGGUUCCGAGGCCGCGAUGAAUUGGAGACUCUGAUGGCAAGUGACAAUUAUCAGGAUUGGAUCCAAAUCAGUGAAAUGUUCCUCGGCAAAGCACACAAAGACUUCCGCUUCCAACCCAAGCACAAGUCCAACAGUUACGAGAUUCAGGCCGAGGGAUGA